AUCAUAAGUGAAUCCUUGGAGUGUUCAACAGUACAGCACAUAGACACCAUUUUCCCGAAAUGCUGCAGGAGGAAUGAAACCCAACUGGACUUUGGCCAGGGAGAUUUAAUGCAUAUGGGUAUAGAUGAUGAAAAUGUUUUAUCAUGGUGAUUCUUGGAACGUUGAAGAAGAAAAUAGGACUGAUCUGUUACAGCAAAAAGUGUUCAGGAGAUGCCAUUGCUUCUCGCUGCUAAAGAGAAUGAUGUUGACCAUCUACGACUGCUUCUGGCCUCAGACGAAUGUGAUCCCAACCAGAGAGGGGCCUCAGGUGAGACAGCUCUUCAUGUGGCAGCUUGUUAUGACAAUUUGGAAGCUGCAGAAAUCUUGCUGACAGCAGAUCCAAGCUUGGUAAAUAUGCCAAUGACAUCACAACUCUAUCAAGGACAGACGGCUCUGCACAUUGCAGCUGUGAAUCAGAACAUGAACCUGGUGAAGAUUCUCAUAGACAGAGGGGCUGAUAUCUCAUCCCCACGUGCUACUGGAAGUUUUUUUUCCCUAAAGGCUAAAAACCUCUUCUACUUUGGGGAACACAUUCUGAGUUUUGCUGCUUCUGUUGGAAAUUCUGAUAUUGUGAAAUUAUUGGUUAAAAAAGGAGUCGAUUUGUGUGCCCAAGACACUUGGGGCAAUACUGUGCUACACAUUUUAGUUCUACAACCCAACAAAACCAUGGCUUGUCAGAUGUUUGAUCUUCUUAUGUCCUUGGAGAGUGCACAGAAGUGGCCUCCUUUGAAUCAGAUACCAAAUCAUGAUGGUCUCACACCAUUAAAAUUGGCUGCAUUGGAAGGGAAUAUCACCAUGUUCCAGUAUCUGAUGCAGAAGGGAGUCCAUAAGGUGCCAUCACUGGGUCCUAUUUCUUAUACUCUCUAUGAUAUGACAGAGAUUGAUUCUUGGGGCUCCCCAUGCUCUGUCCUUCAUCUUCUUGUCUCUUCAAGGAAGUCUGAGGCUCGCAAAAUCCUGGACAUCUCUCCAGUUAAAGAGCUGGUAAAUGAGAAAUGGCAGAACUUUGGGCGGCCUUAUUUCCUGAUCCUUGGUGCCAUAUAUGUUCUAUAUAUGAUCUGUGUAUCUCUGUGCUGCGCCAAUCGACGACUAAGGCCAUUAUGGAAAAACUCAACCAACCCCCGGGACAUUACAGUGCUCACAGAAGCUCCUCUCUUGGAGUCCUAUAACUACCCAAUGGAUGAACUACAUCUGGUAGGAGAACUAAUCACGAUUAUUGGAGCUCUGGCGAUGCUGCUGCUGGAGAUCCCAGUGUUAAUGAGUGCUCAAAGAAUUUCUUUCUUCAAGGAUCCAGUUUCAGGGGGGCCAUUUCACCUUAUUCUAGUUCUCUAUUCUUGCAUGGUCCUGGCCUGUCUGGCUUUGAGACUCACAGACUCUGAUGGAGAAAUCAUCCCUAUGUCUCUGGCACUGGUGCUCGGAUGGUGUUACACCAUGUACUUUGCUCGGGGAUUUCAGAUGCUUGGACCCUUUACUGUUAUGAUACACAAGAUCAUGUUUGGAGACCUCCUGAGAUUUUUCUGGCUGAUGAUGGUGGUCAUUAUUGGGUUUGGAACAGCUUUGUUUGUGAUAUUCCAGACAGAAGAUCCCAGCCAGAUGGGGAUAUUUUACAGUUACCCUAUGUCUCUCUAUAGCACAUAUCAACUGUUCAUCAAUGUCAUUAACUCCCCAGCAAACUAUGAUGUUGACUUUCCACCCAUGUUUAGUGUCAUCUACUUCCCCUUCACACUCAUCUCAAACCUUCUGAUGUUGAACUUGUUAAUCGCCAUGAUGGCUGACACGCACUGGAGGGUGGCACAAGAGCGUGAUGAACUGUGGAGGGCUCAGCUUGCAGCAAUUACCGUCAUGCUGGAAGGUAAAUUCCCAAAGUGGUUCUGGCCUCGUCUUGGUAUCUGUGGUUCUAAGUAUGGGCUUGGGGAUCGCUGGUACCUUUGUGUAAAGGAAACUCAAGAUCCCCAAAAGAUUAUAUUCCCGCCUAAGAAAAAUCCAUCUCCAAAUGCCCAGCAGUUAUCCGAGAGCGGAAACCCAUCAAUAACAAUUACAGUCAUCGGUGACAGUCAAGAAUUAGAGGGUUCUAGGGCACCUAUGGCCCAAAGGAGAUCAAGUAGAGGGUGGCAAAUUCUACGUCAUGCCACAAUAGACCAGUUACUGGGCACAUCCUUGCUUAAAAGAGAAAGUCAACAGGAAAUCUUCUACAUUUAGACUAAUGCUUCCUAGGAGCUGUUUCCCUGGCUUUCUCCUAUAUAAAGAAUGGACCAAUUGGGUUCAAAGGUUUCAUUGUUGAGUAAAGAAAAUAUUUUCUAUCAUUUUGUAACUUCAUGGCUUUAUGAAUCUAUAUCUGGUCCAAAGUAAACAAUUGUAUUGGUAGCAUUACUAUAUAAAGGGACAUAUAUAAAAUACAUAUUUAAACUU